AUGGCGCCUCCUCGCAAGGUACGACCCUUGCUCCUUGUGCAGCUUGCCGACGAUGCCGGGUGGGUCCGGAAGACUUUGAGCUUCUGGAGCGACAAGGAUGUCGUCCAUCACAACGCAUGGCAAUACCUCCGCUUCGCUUUUGACAUCUACUCGAAGCCACUCAACGAAGUGGUCGCCAGGAACUACAACCACUACGGCCGUGUUUAUGGGUCAUACCAAGGCACUGUACCAACGCUGGUGGUGGGAGACACCAAUAUUCUCCGUGAAGUACUGGUGUCCAAGUUCAAGUAUUUCUCCGAUAGAACGGCGGGUCAGCGCAUCGGUAGCGACGUGUGGCGCAAGUCCAUCCUGAACCUCUCAGGUGACGAGUGGAAAAAAGCUCGAGGUAUCUUUACGCCCGCCCUCACCGCAACGCAGCUGAAAACGAUUACCGUGAGAAUUACAGCUAUUGCUGAAAGGAUGACGGGCCGCGUAGCAGAAGCAGCUGCAAGAAAUAAGCCUGUGAACUUCAGCGAGCUGUUCGAUCACACGUCGCUGGACACUACGGCUGCUCUGAACUACAGCGUCGACUUGGACAGCGAGAAGGACAAGGACCACCCACUCAUAAACUGUCUCGAGGCCAUAUUCGGCAACAUGGCUGGAUGGAAGCUACUUAUGUUAUUUCUUAUGCCCAGUAUAUACAAAGCUCUGCAACCGGAUUACCCACCGAAAGCAAGUACCGAUGUCUUCAAAGCCUUCGUUGCCCACAUGAUUGAAGAGAGAAAGUCGAGAAACAAGAAAGAAGAAGACUUCCUUCAGCUGUUCAUGGACGCGGACUACGACUGGGACGAUGCCAACAAUGUUGAAGUAAACGAGUAUGAAAAGAAAAAGAUGACGUUAGACGAGAUUACAGCCCAGGGGAUUGUGUUCUUCAUCGCUGGUGUGGAGAGUGUCUCCAUGUCGACGACUUUUACUGCCUAUUUCUUGGCUCUUCAUUCCGAAUGCCAGGACAAAGCCAUAUCUGAAAUCGACAAAGCAGUCUCAGAGGAAGGACUAACCUACGACACUCUGCAAGAGAUGCAUUACCUUGAGGCUUCUAUCAAGGAGGCGAUGCGACUCACCUCGCCCGAUCCUUUAAUAAUGCGCCUCUGCACGGAGGAGACAACCGUGGCCGGCAUCCGCUUCACACCUGGCAUGAACGUGGACAUUCCUUUGGCGGGAAUGCACCUCGACCCGGAGUACUUUCCUCAGCCGGAGAACUUCAGUCCGGAAAGGUUUCUAGCCGAAAACAAGGACUCUAUAAGACCUUUCACGUACAUGCCGUUCGGUGCCGGACCACGCAACUGUGCAGGCUCGCGGCUGGCCCUGCUUCAAGCCAAGACUUACCUGGCUUGCCUGUUACGCCGCUUCAGGAUUGAAGCGUGUUCGGAAACCAUGAUCCCGUUGAAGUACAAGCCUCGACGCCUUUUUCCUUUUCCCGACGGCCCAGUGAUCCUUCGAGCAGUUGCACGCUGUCCCGCCACAGACAGACUACGACCGCAUUUCUAACACCUCUUCCGGCAGACAAAACAAGCACGAUUUCCACGCCAUCCUCCAAGCUCACAUACGAAUACCCGAAAGAGGAAUGAGCUCUUGUAUAUAUACCGUGAAAAUCAGAAUUUAUUUGGCAUUAUGACAAAAAUCAAAGCUACUUGGCAG